AGAAGAAGAAGAGCAUUGGUUCUCGCGAGGUUUGAUGGUAUUGUAGGACUAAUCUCGCGUGAUUUCCGUUAGACUGUCAUGGCUGCAGUAAGAAAACUUCAGAUAUGUGCAGUUUCUCCGACGACCAAACAAACUGCCUCCGUCAUAUUUCUGCACGGCUCAGGAGAUACUGGUUCCGGUCUGAGGAACUGGGUCAAAGAAGUUCUGGUUCCUGAUCUGGUAUUCAGUCACAUCAAGUUGAUUUACCCCACAGCUCCUCCUAGGCCAUACACUCCCAUGAGAGGGGCUCUGUCUAAUGUCUGGUUUGACCGCCAGAAGAUCUCACCUGACUGUCCUGAACACUUGGAGUCCAUAGACCACAUGUGUGACACUUUAGGAUCCCUGAUCCAGGACCAGGUCCAAGCCGGGAUCCCCAAACAACGCAUCGUCAUCGGGGGUUUUUCAAUGGGCGGGGCCAUGGCUCUACACCUGGUGUGUCGGCACCACCCUGAUGUGGGCGGAGUUUUCGCUCUGUCGAGUUUCCUCAACAAGGAAUCCUUGGCUUUCCAGGCAUUGGAGGAGCGUCACAGAGCGGGCCUCCCCCUCCCCUCCAUGUUUCAGUGUCAUGGUGACAGUGAUGAGCUUGUUCUUCAUCGUUGGGGGGCGGAGACUUCGGAGCGACUGAUGAAGAGUGGCUUGCCUUCCUCCUUCCACUCCUUUUCGGGUCUGAACCACCAGCUGAGCCAGCCAGAACUAGAGCUGCUCAGAGACUGGAUCCUCGCCCGACUCCCCACAGAAACCUCCCCUGACUCCCCUCCUGACACCCCCUCAUGUUCUCACAGAGUUUAAGUCUGUUAAGAAAAAAUUACAAUAAGUUUUUCAGCGUCUGUAGUUUUCUCUUUGUGUUUGACUGAUAAGAAUCUGUGCUCUAUGGA